AUGACAUUAGCAACAUGGAAUAUUGGUUUAGAAGAACAACAAGCAUUUGAACGCACAUCAUCGAUUAUCAAAGCUAUUCGUGAGAAUAUUUAUCCUCAUUUUGAAGUUGUCAAUGAUGAUAUGCGUGACUAUAUUAGUAGUGGUCCAUUACCAACACAAACAUAUAGUCCUGCUUGUGUAGCUUCAAACUCAGCACUAUUUAUAUGUACCAUCACUCGAUGUCGAACAGAAUUUCUUGCUCUUUAUACGAAUUCAAGAUGUUGGGCAUGUAUUUUUGAUCGAUUUAUUAGUCGUAGUGAUCCACUAGGUUUGAGUUAUUGUGGUGAAAUUAAUUUACCUCAAUUGAUUAGUACUUCACCAGGUAUUAUGCCUAAUUCUACCGAAGCUCCUUGGGAUCAUUCUAUAUAUCUGAUGAUAUUAUCAAAAGGACAAUAUCCAUUAAAAAAACUACCAGCUAAUUUAUAUUCAGAAUUUUAUAUUGCACCUCGUGGUUACAUUAUUGCUAGUCAAGAAAACAAACAGUUAAUUAUUGCUAAUACACAUGUCGCUACAAUUGAAACAUCUAUUCCUCAUGCAUCUAUUGGAACAUUUCUUAAUAAUACAUAUGAUAGUUGGAAUGAUGAAAAUAAAGGCCAAACAAUAGAACUUGAAUCUCUUGUUUGGAAUUUUUUACGUAAUAACCAACAGAAAUAUAAAAGUGCCAUUAUGGUAGGUGAUUUUAAUAUGGGUAUUGCUAAUUUUGAACAUAAUGUGUUAGCAAUUCAACCUGAUAGUUGGAAUUAUAUACAUCAAUUAAAUGAUAUUGAUGGAUCAACAAGAUGGUAUGAUGAUUAA